GGCAGAGCGAAGCUUUGAGAGGCGGCAACAUCUAACCCAAGCCGGGUCCAAAUUAGGAAGCUGGGGAAAGAGACAGGGGGUGGGGAGGGGGUCCCCGCUGCUCCUCCACUCCUCUCGCCUGCCUAAGGGAGCAGGGCUGAAUGAAAAGUCCAGGACACUCAGAAGUCACCGCCCGAGCAGCAUCAAACCUGCAGAACCGGGACCGACGUCAGCUCGGCCGACUGACUUUCGCGGUUCCCGCCUGCCCACGCUGCAGGUUUUUCAGGUGCCUGCUUGAGCGUGCGUAAAGAACCGUGCCAUCAGCAGCCGCGUCAGCCAGCAGGCUAUUUAAGCAGGCUGGCACCCGCACCCGCUGCUUCCCAGCCCAGGGCUCGCCCGGUCUUCCACUGCGGUCUCGCCGGUGAAGCAGAGGCAGAGGGAGGCGGAUCUCUGUGAGUUCCACAGGAGGCCAGCCUGUCUACCAAGCGCGCGCGCACCAUGUCGGCGGAGACCUCGAGCGGCCCCACGGAGGACCAGGUGGAGAUCCUGGAGUACAACUUCAACAAGGUCAACAAGCACCCCGACCCCACCACGCUGUGCCUCAUCGCAGCCGAGGCGGGCCUCACGGAGGAGGAGACGCAGAAAUGGUUUAAGCAGCGCCUGGCGCAGUGGCGGCGGUCAGAAGGCUUGCCCUCAGAAUGCAGAUCUGUUACAGACUAGCGAGCCGAGCCGGCACCUGCAGCUUGCUCCUGGAACUCCAGCUGUUCCUCCUUGCCUCAGCUUACCCAGGCUGUUUUGAUGUUUCAGUGCAGUGUUGAAUGUCCCAUUGUUUGCUGUCCUGCUAUUUAACACAAUGUAUUUUUUUUAAUGUAUAUAACUAAAAAAAACAAAACAAAACAAAAAAAAAACAAGAUAACAGGAAGCUAAAUGCAGUUCUGUGUAAAGCAAUGGCUUGGCUAGGGAAGGGGUGUGGCUUGCAUUUCCCUUUGGAUUUUAAUGAGAGAUGAUGUAGGAGAAUUUUUUUUCAUUUGCCUUUGACCACCACCUGCCAGUAGCAGUUGGCAUGUACCUACCAUCUGUUUCAGAGCUGCCAAGCUUCUACUGAAAAGAUAACCAAACAGGCAGGGAAAAGCACCUCCCCGACCAACGUCUCUGUGUUCUUUUCCUCCCAUUUCAUUUAAUACAUUGGUGGUUGGAUGAGCACACAGGUGUAUUUGAGUCAUUCAAAUUCUAUAUACACCAGUUCCUGCUCUUAGGGCUGUGCUGCCUUGGAAAGAACCCUCAGCCUGACGCUAUAGACUCCAAGGGGCAGAAAAGCCACGUCACUAAGAAAAAAAAAAUCACAGAGUCUGGAAUUUACCUUAUUUAAAUGAAUUUGUUAAAUUUAUUUUGCUGAAUAAAACGAACUGCUUUUUGUCUCAAAAAUUAUAUUCUAAAUAAAAAAAAACUGUUGAAAACUCA